AUGAGUGGAGCUGCAGAAGAAAUGUUAUUGAUGAUUGUUAAAAACCGUGCAAAAGUAUUGAUUACCUAAGUGCACUUGCUUGUAACAUCCCGCUGAAUGGACGAUGCUGCAUUCCGAAGAAAGUACGGAAGAAAUGCUCGAUCAUUUUCAAGAUUGGAGAAAUAGCGGAGAAAUGGCGGAAGUUAAUGGAACCACAACUACCACCGUUCGGCCACCGGCUUUGCGAAUGGUCAUCAAGAAGAGCUACAGCAUUGAGAACGGCUAUACAUCCCGAAAUCGCAGUCUGAUCGAAGAUGCCAAAUUUGAGCACCACGAGCAUCAAGUGCAAGAGCGGGCAAUCCGCCAACACCGUCGGCAGUCCAUUUCGCAGCAGUUCGGUAAAGACAUACCGGAAGAGGAGGAAGAAUCAGGGGAUCUGCUCUUACUCAGUGAAUGGUGUGACCAGUUAGACAGUCAUGCAAAGCAGGCGAUCGUUCCUAGCACACUGGUCUUGUCGCUGAAAACUGGAUUAGAAAUACUCCCAGAACUGCUCCUGAUCUUGCAGAAAUAUCAAGUGCACGUCGUGCAUAUCGAGACACGCAGCAGCAAAAAACGCAAUGGGGCAUUCGACGUGCUGGUCAGUGUGCGCAGCAGUGUUGUGGCAUUAUUAACGGGCGCCAAAGAACUGAAGCACGUCAAACCCUUAGCGGAACUAAUUAUCCUCUCCGAGCAGCAGCUAUCCAUCAAAGACUCAUGGUUCCCGCGAAGAAUUGCCGAAUUGGACAACUGCAAUCAUCUAAUGACUAAGUUCGAACCUGAACUGGACCAUGACCAUCCGGGUUGGUCGGAUGCCGCCUAUCGGAAGCGGCGACAGGCGAUUGCGGAUGUGGCUUUCACGUACCGACACGGCGACACCAUUCCCGAUGUGGAAUACGCACCGGAAGAGGUGGAAACGUGGCGGCUUAUUUAUCGCCAAUUAAAGGAACUACAGCCGACGCACGCUUGCAAACCCUAUCGCGAUAUCUUUACUAUGCUGGAAAAAGAGGGAAUCUACGCGGAGGACAAAAUCCCACAACUAGAGACUGUUUCCCGAUUCAUGAAAAGCCGCUCAGGGUUUUCACUGCGACCUGCUGCCGGUUUACUGACUGCCCGGGAUUUUCUUGCUAGUUUAGCGUUCCGAGUAUUUCAGUGCACGCAAUACAUUCGUCAUGCCUCUAAACCAAACCAUUCUCCUGAACCAGACUGUGUGCACGAACUGCUGGGUCACGUUCCCCUGCUGGCGGAUCCCUAUUUUGCGCAGUUUUCACAGGAAAUCGGUUUAGCAUCUCUGGGAGUGUCCGAUGAAGAGAUAACAAAAUUGUCUACGUUGUAUUGGUUCACUGUGGAAUUUGGAUUGUGUAAAGAAUAUGACACCAUUAAAGCGUACGGGGCCGGUCUUUUGUCAUCUUUCGGUGAACUCAUGCAUGCAUUGUCGGAUGUUCCCGAAAAACGCCAAUUUGAUCCCUUUUUAACGGCCAUAGAACCCUACCAAGAUCAAACAUAUCAGGAUGUAUACUUUGUUGCGGACAGUUUUGAAGAUGCCAAAGAAAAAUUCAGGAUGUAUACUGCGUCAAUUAAACGUCCCUACGCUGUGCACUACGAUCCCUACACACAGAGCAUCGAUGUCCUGGACACGGCGGAGAAGCUGCUGACGCGCUUCGAGGAUCUCAAGACCGAUGUGGAUCGCAUUCAUGGAGCUAUGGUGACCCUGAGCAAUGCAGGAUCCGUCAAGGGCUGAUAAGCACAGCAGAAAUGAUCACAUUCUGUUUGCAAACAUAAUUACUGCGGUAUCAUAAACGUAAGCUACGUACUUGUAUCAUAAAUAAUUAUUAUUAUACAGUUUUAUUGCAGUAAAACUUGCAAACCGUUGUAAUGCGCUAUAAUUUAUGAACUUAUCAUGCUGUAAGUACCUCUCAGCUCGAUCAAAUUAUGAUCAAGUAAUUUGUCAAUGUUUUCCUGUUGUUUAAAAAACGAAAAC